UUUAAAAAUAUUGUAUCGAUUGUAUAAUAAUAAUAAGUUAGUAGUAGUAGUUGUAGUAUUGUGUUUAUUUUAAAAUGUGAUUACAAAAGGUUUACCCACAUUUUCCACUCAUACAUCACUUCAGUUUUGAAUUUGGUGACAUAAUACAUGUGGUUCUGCUGUCUUGUCUCCAUGGUUACCGAUCUGUAGUCUCAAAACAGGAAGAGGAAGUCUGUGAGAUACUAAUGUGAUUUUCCAAGAUUCUGCAAUGUUUUGCGGCUUGUUAUCAUAUCAUAUCUUUUCCUAAAUAUGUUAGUACUAGUUUUAAUUUUGAUUUAUCUUAUCUGUCCAACUGAUGGAGUGAUGUUACCAUAUUAGAAAUGUCAGUUCUGAUGUUUAUAAAUAAAAGAUUCCUUCCGUCCCUACCCAUAUUAUCUCAUACAGCUCUCCACUGACAGCCUAGAUAUUUUGAACAGGCCGAGCAAAUAAGCAAAGAUUGAAAACACAAGAAACAAAGCAGCCCAGUUGUUACAUAACUGAAGCACGGCACAGCUCUGCGACGUGCCUUUAAAAAGCUGCAGGCUGUCAGGUGAUCAAACAGGCACCAUCAUCUCAGUUCACUGAGACACCACAGCAUCUCUGGGAAGCAGAUGAGAUGCUGAAGACAUAAAGGAGGGGAUGGAGGGGGGUUAGUAAAGGCUGAUGGGGUGAGAGGAGGACACGAGAUAGAGAGAGGUCCCUUUAACUGUAAUCAAAGAGUUCUCUCUGUUUCUAAUCCUUUCUCACUCUCUGUCUCUCUUUGCCACUCAUUAUGUAGCAGCGAGCGUGUUGCCGGGUUGGAUGUUUCGAGAAGCCGUGUUUGUGUAGCCAUAACAGAGCGAAAAAGACCCAAGAAUUAAGUGCUGCGUCACAAUGAGCAAGAGAGAUAGAUAGAGAGAGAGAGAGAGUGAAGGAGAUAAAGGGAUUGUGGGAGUAUUUGCAGCAUCAGAACUAUCUGUUUGGAUGAUCACACUGUGUAUUCGAGAUCUGUUUAUGCAGACAUGUGUCCGUGUACUUGAACAGCAAUCUGAAAGAGCGAUUCUGCUGUUGCAACAAGAUGAAAAUAGAGCGAUCAGGAGAGGGUGGAGGGCUGGUUAAGAGAGGAAGGGAGGGUGAAAGAGAGAGAGAGAGAGAGAUUUUGGAUUAGUCGCUACGUCACUUUUUCACGUCGAGAGGAAACAGCAGCUAUUAGGAGAGGAUUCGGACAUAUGUGUUUUUCUCCUACCUGUGAGUGUGUCCAAGCCCUUCGUUUACUCGUCCACCUUUCAUCCUCCUCUUUUUCUUCUUCAUCUCUCUUCUCUCGCACUUCCAAUCGCUCUAAUUUGGCGCUUUAGUCUGUUCGCCAGAAUCGCAGCUCCAACAUGGAUGCUGAGGAUGUGAUAUAGUUUCUCGGAGUCCAGGGCUUUCUCUGUAUGUCGAUGUGUGUGUUGAGUGCGAUGCUGGGCGUAAUGGCGUCGCAAGCUGUGUACGGGCAUAAAACCUUAACAUUAUUAAAGCGUUAACUAAAUAAAUGCCGUCCUCGAAGGUUCCUGUGACAUACAAGAGGAGUUUGUGACCAUUUAAAAUUAACGUCCAAGAUAAAUACAAUUAUUUUUAUUUGAUCGGCACCCAUUAUUCGAACCAACAUGCUGGACAUCGAAAGUGUCUAUAAACGUUACGUAUAUCACUAUACGUAUGUUUACAGUUGAUAUUGUAUAUCUUUAUACAUAACAUCCUAUCUAAGCUGGCUCCUAGUAACAGGUAAGUGAUAUAUAACAGGAUGUUCAACGUCAGACAAGAUCAGUCUGAGCUUUUUAAGACAUCAGUACUUCUUUAGAAUUUAUUUUAUGGUCUAUCAUUUUAUGUCCCAUAUUUUAUGAAAGCUUGUUUAGAAACACGAGAAGAGCAGAUGGAGGAGGUAUUACUCAAGAGAUGUUGUUUUUCGAAGAGGUACCACCAGAACAAGGGACGGUGCUGCUAAAUUUGUGAUCUUGGCAGCGAGGAGGGCAUAUCAAAGUGGUAAACGGAGCUCUUAUACCGGUUGUGUUAUUUUGACAUCGCAGUUCCAUCAACAACAUUUGUUUCUGCAGAGUUUCAGGAAACACAAUUAGUGACGCAGUCAUAUUUGCUGCACUUUCUCACUAAUGCAUGAUUGUUUUCACCUCUCUGUGUCUCUCUCUGUCUCACCUUAAAUUCAGGGGUGUAGAUUGCAUCCUGAGGAGGGUUAUUUUUUACAAAAAGGGUGUACAUGUCAUGGGAGGGAAUUAGGGAAAGAACUAGAAUGAGAGAGCGAGAGAGAGAGAGAGAGAGAGAGAAAUUGUUUACCUUGCUCUCUUGGUGACUUUGCACUGGCAGGCAUCCAGUUCACAUGCGCUGGACUUCCUACAGCAGCUGCAUCAGGGAAAUGAGUGACAGAGCUCUCCUCCUAUCUGGCGCUGGUUGCUCCUUCUGACUUUUCUCGCAGCUCAAAAAAAUCCCAUUGGAUUAGCCUUGGCAAACAGUUGGAGGGAUUCAUCUGAUUGGCUGAAAGACUUGCCUUUAUAAUCAGAAGGAUUCAGCCUUCUUUUCAUUAUAAGAAGGCUACUUCCAUUUUUUCACCUAUCUACACAUUCAACAUGAACUCUAAAUUCUUCCUUGUAGUGCUGGUGCUAAUAUGCCAACACGGUGUCAAAGCAGUGGAACACAUCACCUGUGAGGAAGAUACCACCACCCUCAGCUGUGCUGAGGGGACAAUUGAAGUGUUUACAGCCAAUUUUGGGCGUACAGACAGCACAACCUGCUCUGCUGGAAGAUCUGCUGGAGAGCUUUCAUAUAUUCAAUGCACCCAGGAUACAUACUCAAAUGUGGCCAACGAAUGUGAUGGAAAAAAGAGCUGUACCUUUAAUUUGGACACCACAGAUUUUAAUAAUCUCUGUGUAGGAACUUACAAAUACCUGAAUGUGUCUUACAUCUGUUUACCACCAAAAAAGGAGCUUCUCACAUGUGAUGGAAAGACCGCCAACAUCACUUGUGCUUAUGGAACCAUUAAAGUGCUUGAAGCCAAUUAUGGGCGUAGAGACAGCACAACCUGCUCUGCUGGAAUAGAUCUUUCAGAGCUCACUAAUGGUCAGUGCACCGAGGCUACAUCCAUCAAUGCUGUGGCCAAUAAAUGUGAUGGAAAAAUGAACUGUUCCAUUUUUGUGGGGAACACUGAUUUCACUGAAUCCUGUCCAGGAACUUACAAAUACCUUAAAGUGUCUUACAGUUGUGUCCCAGAAAUAAAGGAACAUGUCACCUGUGAAGGAAAUACUGCCAGUCUCUACUGUGAUCAGGGAAUUAAAGUGUAUGCAGCCAAUUUUGGGCGUACAGACCCCAGAGAAUGCUCUACUGGCAGACCAGCUGGUCAGCUCUCAAACAUUCAGUGCAUCUGGGAUACAUCCUUCAGACUGGUAGCCAAUCAAUGUAAUAGAAAACAGGUCUGUUCCAUUGAUGUGACAAACACCUUUUUUGGUGAUCCCUGUGGAGGAACUUACAAAUACCUGAAAGUGUUCUACUAUUGUUUGCCACCAAUAAAGGAAAUUCUCACCUGUUAUGGAAAGACCGCUAACCUCAUCUGUGAACAGGGAACCAUUAAAGUGCUUGCAGCCAAUUAUGGGCGUACAGACAGCACAGCAUGCGCUGCUGGAAGAGAUUCUUCAGAGCUCACAAAUAUUCAGUGCACACAGAAUACAUCCAUUAAUGUGGUGGCCAAUCAAUGUGAUGAAAAACAGAACUGUUCCAUUUUUGCGGAGAACUCUGUUUUUUCGGAACCUUGUUUUGGAACUUACAAAUACCUGGUUGUGUCGUACAUUUGUGUCCCACCAAAAAUAAUUACAAUUUGUCAAAAUGAACAUGGAACCAUUAGCUGUGAGGGGAGUCGUACAAUUUCCAUUUACUAUGCUAAUUAUGGGCGAAGAGAUCAUAUGAUUUGCCCUCAUUCCAGUGCUGAUGCCAUUUCCUCCACAUGCUAUUCUCUUCAGACCAGGACCUUGCAACUUUUGUGUAAUGGAAAGAAAACAUGCAACCUAUAUGCUUCAAGUUUACUUUUUCUUGAUCAGUACCCUCACAUCUACAAAUAUUUGGAGGUGUCAUUCAGUUGUUUAAGAUCAUAAUGUAGGCUCAGCACUAUAAACAUCUACAUAUCUCUAUUUCUGUGACCUUCUAUUAAGUGGGGAGUAAAUCUUCAGCUUCAUUUAUGUAUCUGUUUUCUUCAAGAGAUUUUAUAUAUAAGCUCUUAAAUGAUUUAAUAUAGUUUUAUAUAGUUUGUUUUAACCAUCUUGACAAUAUUGUAGAAUGAUUAAAUUCUUAUAUAAUCCUAAUAAUAUUGUCAAUCAACAUUACAAGAGUAAUUGGUUGGUAAUAUGAUUUUAUGUUAGUUUAGCAAUUAUCUUGAACUGUAUCUUUGGUGUGUUCUGUCUGCAAUAACUUACAAUGUACAGUAUUUCCAAUAAACUACUUUCAGAUGCAAACUCUUGGUCUUUGGUCUGAACCCUUGAUAAUUUUACCGCUUCAGUAUGGGACACAAUGCCUAAAAUACGGGCCGUUUCUCCAUCAGCCCGGGAGGGGGCCCUUCAUACCAUAAAAUUAGUCCUUAUGACAUUUAUGAUACAGACCAUAAAAACAAAUAUAAAACUUGUCCAAGAGAGAGAUGGAUUACAUCGACGUUCGUUUGCUUUUCCUUGCAUUCCCAGAUGUCAUCCUCGAAUUUUGCCACUUGAAUUUUUCAACUUGUAUUCAACAACCUGAAUAUUGAGACCUGAAUUUCACGACCUGAAAUCCACACCUUGAAUAAUAAAAACUUGAAUUUCACAAACUGAAAUGUUUUUAGG